AGCCGUCGGCAGUGCUUUCUCGGGUACGCAGGGCGAGGAUUGGAUCGCUGCUGACUGGCAUUCUCACGUAGGGUAUAAAGGACGCGUUACUCGUUCCGCUCACUAUCUCGGCUUCAGCGUGGCAUAGGACGGCUCGCGGGGAGUAUAAAGGAGAUUGCAGUUUCUGACGACCUCGACGGCGACUCAGCAUCGAGAGUCAUGCCGUGUUGGUGGGUGUUACUCGCGUGUACGGCCCUCGCGCCGAUCGCGGUGGCACAACAGGCGCUCUUCCAGCUGACGGGGGAAACCUUCACUUUGGCCGGUGUUCCCUAUUUCGCCCCUCCUACUCCAGUAUCACAGUUCGGAUCUGGCGCUCUCUAUGAGAUUGCCAGACAGCUUGGGGUGGAUGACGCGCCGAAGCGGCUCGUUCCGUUCUCGGUCAUGCCCUCUGCCGAAACAGAAUUCGCAGACAGCCACCUGGAGUCGACACUCGAAUCGUGGAGGGCAAAGGAUGAUGUUUGGAGCGAGGCUUUCUUGAACGGAUUGUACGUCGCCUACAACGGAUCGCACGCGUCCCCCACGUCCCUUGUGACCGCGAACAUGCAGGCUCAGUACGCAAUGCGAUUCCUUCUGCAUUCCGCGAACCAGUCAAUCGAUGUGGCGAUGAGGAAAGAGCUUCCCGCCGGGCCUUAUCUUCUCGACUUGUCCAGUGGCAACAUCUUCGAGGUAUAUCGACUGUACAAUGACGAGCAACAAUCCUUCUUGUAUGGCACGAUUCCCAAUCCCUCUGGUGGGUACGACAUGCUAUCUGCGAAGAUCCCCGGAGCGGCAACGGAGUCCAUUGGUGUUCCUUCUCGUCUGUACUUCACACCUACCGCAGAGCAGCCCCUCGCUGGACUCCGGUUCGCUGUCAAGGACAUCUAUGACGUCGAGGGUCUCCGUACUGGCUGCGGCAACCGCGCGUACUGGGAGUUGUACCCUCCGCGGAACCAGACCGCUCCCGCCGUGCAACGCCUCCUUGACGGUGGGCUCGUGCUCGUCGGGAAGACCAAGAGUUCGCAGUUCGCUAACGGAGAGGUCGCGACGGACGACUGGGUCGACCUGCAUGCUCCGUACAAUCCUCGCGGCGAUGGCUACCAAGACGGCAGCAGCUCGUCUACGGGAUCCGGCACCGCCGAAGCAGCAUACCCGUGGCUAGACUACGCGAUCGGAAGCGAUACGGGAGGAUCUAUGCGAGGUCCUGCUGGUGUCAAUGGCGUCUUCGGGAACAGACCCUCGCAUGGUGCUGUAUCUCUCGACGACGUAAUGCCCUUGUCGCCACCCCUUGACACCGCUGGUAUCUUCGCCAGGGACGCGGUCAUGUGGGCGACAGCCGGCCAUUGGUGGUACCAGAACUUCACGUCGUUCCCUGGCUUCCCGAAAAAGCUACUCUUUCCGGUAGACUUCUUCGGCAGCAGCUACCUCGCGGAACCUCCCUCCGCGGGCACCGCCGGUGCGGUCUUCAACGCUUUCAUCUCGAAGCUAGAAGCGUUCCUAGGUAUCACACGUACGGAGAUGAACCUUACCAACAUGUGGACGCAGAGCUCCUUGUUUGCGGCUCACGGUUCGCUGUCAGAGAUGCUGAGGACGACGUACCCGACAUUGAUCACGAUGGAUCAGAUUAAACUCCUUGCUAAGCCUUUCAUGGCUGACUACGCCGCGGCCAACGGUGGUCGUAGACCCUUCAUUGAUCCCGCACCACUUACCCGGUGGGAGUAUGGCUUGUCAUUACCCGAAGAUGCAUAUACAGAAGGUAUUGCUAACAAGACGACGUUCAUGGAUUGGUUUGCGAGCGAGGUGGUGGUUGGCGGGGAUUCGACGUCGUGUUCAGAGAGCAUUCUACUUUAUCCUCAAAGCUCCGGUUACACGAAUUACCGGAAUGCAUAUGUAGGUCCACCGGGUACACCGUUUGGCUUCUCUGCGGGACGAGUAGCUGUCCUGGCUGAAACACCGGAUAUGGUGGUACCAGUCGGCGAGGUCGCGUAUAACUCGACGAUCACGGGAGUCAUUGAGUAUCUCCCGGUGACCCUCAGCUUCAUAGCUGCCAAAGGCUGUGUAAGCCCGCCAUGAAUAUCAAUUCAUUUCCAUCACGUCACGCUGAUACUCGUUCACUGCAGGAUCUGGUUUUAUUCGACUUUUUCGCUGCGUUACAGGAGGCCGGCAUCAUCAAAACAGUCGUCACGGGCGCCAGAAUAUACGACGAG